UUUGCGCCAAAGCAAGCUCGGAAGCCGGACGCAAAGCUGUAUUCGUCCUUGGUGAAGAACACGACAACAGAUGUCGCUUCCUAUGCUUUGGAUCUUCUGGGGCCCAUAGAAUCCGGUGCCGUGGUCCACGACAACGGAUGCGGCUGUCUCGAAGCUACGCGAGCAUUGCUGAGCAAGACAGCGGGAGAUAUCACCAUUGAAGCGACGGACAUUGAUCCAGCCAUGCUUGCGCGGGCAAAGGAGAUCGUGCAAGCGGAGAAAUGGUCCACAGUCCGUGUGCAUAGAAUGCCGGCCGAGCAACUAUCGUUCCCGGACAGUCACUUCUCGCACUCAAUCUCCAAUAUCUUGAUCUUCAUGACCAGGAAUGAUGGCCUCGACUGCGCAAAGGAGAUCUUUCGGACGCUCAAACCCGGAGGAAAGGCUGCUGUAACGACGUGGGCAACGAUGCCGCACAGCAAGGCUGUGGAUGACGUGCAUCACGCUUUGCGGGGAGAUGAGGCAGCGCUCAGAUUCGUUAUGCCAGAAAGAUGGUGGACCGCCUCGCAUUUGGAAUCGGUCCUGCGUCAGGGAGGGUUUGACAGAACAGAGGUCAAGACCUGCGAGGUUGAGCUGCGCAUCGACGAAGGGGAACUGAGAGAUCAAGCAGAGAUGAUCUGGAGCCUAAGGGGGAUGCCCGAGGGCGGAUGGACGUCGGGCGACGAGGAGAACUGGGACAAGGCGAUUGACCUGCUGGUGGAGCGAAUGAAGGCCACUUCCCACGACAAGUCCGCUGGCGGGGCGGUCUUCAAGAUGGUGGCGAAUGUGGCCAUCUGCACAAAGUAG